UGAUGGCCAGCUGUCUGGACAUGGAGGGGGUAUUUCCAACUUUUCACCCUCCCUACACCUCAGCUACCCUCACAUGCAACAUGGUGUAACACUACGGGACUCGGUUUACUCCACUCCAGGGCUCAGUGGAAGGGGCUCCCAGGGGUCUGAUACAUUCCAAAUGUCAAGAUUUCCAAUGAGUGUGACUCCAGAAACAGCUAUCCGAGGAGUUCCGACUAUUUCAGCUCCGGAUUUCAAUCCCAUUAUUUCACGCCAUCACCUUGAAGUGUCCCCACAUACUCCUCCAUCUUUGCCUCCUUUAUCAAACUUUGAUGAUUCUGUGUAUAUGUCAUCAGCUGACCGUAACACAGUGUCCCACACAUCAGUAACUCACAGUGAUCAUCCGUCAUUUGGUUCCAUCAUGGCAUCUGCUGUUUCCAAUAUUUCCACCAUGAACAUUCCACAGCCGUAUGAUGCUCGAGCUGACACACACACAGAAUCUCAGGUGUCUGAUUUGAGUCUGCCCAGAGUCCGGGAGAGCUCAACCUAUAACUCUUCAAUGACCAAUACAUCACAACCUCAGUCUUUUCUUGAUUUUCCAUCAAGCUCCUCCAGUGAGGGAAGAUCACACAACUCUGAGACUAUUCAGACUGUGUCUUCUUUAGAAUCAUUCUCACAGCCUUUACUAAAUCAACAAUUCCAAGAACAAGUGACCUCGACACGACCUUCACCUUCCACAUCAUAUGCAGUUGUGAGAAGCUUGUUACCAGACCAACCAGUAUUACGCUCUAGACCAACCAACACUCAAACAUUGCCUAUGGAAAACUUGGAUGGUGAUCAACAAGUUCCUAAUGCUGUUAUGUCUCCUGCUUCAGGCUGCUCCUCACCAAAUAUUCGAAACCCAACAAACCAAGAUAGCAGGCCUGUCAGUUUACUACGCCAAACAGUCAAUCAUGACAGUCUGCAAUUGCAGGUGGCACAAACAGAUAAUAUGGCAACACUUCAAAAUGAGACCAGCUUUGCAAAUUCAACAUAUAUAGGAGCCGAACUUUGUACUGAGGAUAAAUUUAUCCCAGUAUUAGAACCAAGCAAGUGUUCAAGUCCAGAGUCAUUGGAUCAUCAGUCUACAAAGAUCAGCACUGGUAAUCAGGAGAAAAGUGUAGGUCCUUUCCCAGGCAGUAGCAGAAUGGAGACAAGUUCUACCUCUUGCUAUAAACCUGGAGAGAGACGAAGCCCUAGGAGAAGCAGCUCAAGGUUGCCGGAUAGACAGAGCUAUACAGACGUAAGUACUUCAUCAGACAGUAAGACAAGUCAUCAACAGGUUUGUGAUAAUGCAAUGGAGGAUGGAACAGGUAAAGAAAACCUGAGAGAAAGAUCACAGAAUGAGCAGGAAAAAGGUUCUAGGGAAGGUAUUACAGGUCCAAGGUUACCUCUGGAUUCUACAAGUACAGUAGGAAGACAUCUUGUUCCUUUCUUCAAAAUUGGAAAAUUGUGGAGAAAGCCGAGGAGGUCAAGACUUAAAGUACCUCCGCCAAUAGACUUGUCUGUCUCAUCAUCAGAAGCAGACGACCAGAAUCUGGAGGAUGAGGAGGAUGAGUAUCAGUAUGAAUCUCUCACACAUGAUCAGGAUGAGUCCUUGGUUAAAGACGAGGGUCCUGAUUUUACAGGGGCAGACCAUGACCAACAACAGUUCAUCAGGAUGUCUCAGCCUGUCUUCAGUAGGAAUGAUGAACAGGAGACUAUGUCAGACUACAGCUCACACCAAGACAGCAGUCAGCAGUUUGUCGAUAACUUUGAAAAUGAAGGACGUGUAAGUCGGAGGAAAACAAGGAGAUCAUUUAUCUAUCAUACUGAAGAAUCUAAAGCUGGUAUUUCUGAUAAAGGGACAAAACAGAAUCUUAGUGACGACUAUAUUACCAGGUGUACAGAGGAAUUGGUGGCUGCUGCUAUGGGAGAUAUGCCCAUAGAGAGCCAGGAAAAAAGACGGUUGAACUCAAAAUUAAAUCCAUUUGCCAUCACUUCCCCGAGUUUUGGCACAUCAGCGGCUCGUGCUGUGAUGACAACUUCUGUGGCUAACAAUGCCACUGUGAUUACAAUUUCUAUUAUGGGGAAGGGAAAUGCAGCUAAGAAAGGAAGAACAAAGACCAUCAACAUCAAUAAGGGAGUUAUAAUGUCCACCAGUUUUCAGGAUCGGCCGGUCAGGAAUAAAGACGGAGUUGAAGAGGAAGAUCAGUCAGAGGUAGGCAAACAAACUACUUCCAUAAUGUCACGAUUAAAACGGGAGAAGGAAGAUCAAGGAGGACAAGAUGAUGAUGAAGAUGUUGUUGAGACCAUGGAAGUGAAUGUUCGCAUUGACGAUUCACAACUUGUGCAGCAUGGUGAACAGAAGCGGUGGCAAUGCCACCUGUGUGAGAAAUCCUACACCACAAAGCACAAUCUGGUGGCACACAUCCUUGAUCACAACAACAUCAAACCACACCUCUGUAUGGUGUGUGGCAAGUACUUUAAACAGCUAAGCCACCUCAACACACACAUGCUCACUCAUGAUAACAUAAGACCACACAAGUGUGACAUCUGUGGAAAAGGCUUCACCCAGAUCAGCCACCUGAAGCGACACACUGCAGUACACUUGGACAGCAAGCCAUACAAAUGUGAUAUGUGUAGUCGUGGGUUUGCUUACCCGAGUGAGUUGAAGGCACACAAGGAGAAGCAUGUACAAGGCCACGAUAAAUGUGAGGAGUGUGGAAUGGAGUUUGAGAGUCCAAGAGCUCUCAAACUUCAUCAACUCAAACACGACAAUCGGGAAGACCUCAUAUGUAAAUAUUGUGACAAGGCAUUCCGCUACCCUAGCCAACUCAAGGAUCACUUGGUGUCUCAUGAGGGUACACGCCCUUUCAUCUGUGGGGAAUGUGGCAUGGAUUUCAUGAAGGAGCAUCAUUUGAAGGCCCACCAGUUCACUCACACGGGACAGCGUCCUUUUGACUGUCCUAAAUGUGGUCGUACAUUUAACCAACGUGCCAACAUGAUGCGCCAUAUGCUCAUCCACAAUCCCACAAGGGCGUUUCGCUGUGAUGUUUGUGGCAAGACAUUUACACAGCCACAGACACUAAAGGCUCACCGAGUGGUACAUGCUGACAUCAAACCUCACAAGUGUAAAAUAUGUGGCAAGCAGUUUGGUCGUCUGCACAAUCUCCAGGGACAUAUUCAUAUGCACAACAACAGUAAACCCUAUGUUUGUUUCUGUGGCAGCUCAUUUACUCUAAAAGGAAACCUUAAUCGUCACAAGAAGGUAAAACAUGGCCUGAAUGAGAGCACUGAGAGCCUGGAGGAGGAGGCUGUUAGUUUCCUCAGUAGUCUGUCUGGUCGCACUCAGGUGGACGAGUCUGAAGCCUUCCUUGACUACUGCGAAUUUGAACAGGAGGUGGACCAGAUUGCGUCAACAUCAGACCCGCGAACUCCACGAAAAGGUCGCAAGUCUGUCAUUCCCCGUAAGAUAAUGCGUCGCAGGUCAUCAGCAAGUAGGAACGAGAAUGAGGAUACAGAUCAGGAGGAUGAGGUUGAGGAUGGAGACUUUGAGGAGGAAGAGGAGGAGGUCAGUCAAGGUCAUUCUGCAGGAGAAACCACCUCUAGUUAUUUUGGUGAUGCUGAACAGAAACAGAACCAACAAAGUUAUAUUACAGAUCAAAAAAGUGAUAAUCAGCAAUUUUCUCUUCGCAAACGUAAGGUAGCAAAUUGUACCAAUAGAACAUCAGAGGAGACUCCUGGAGAGUUGUCUAGUGAGAUGAGUGAAGGACAGGACAAUGAAGAUGUCAGCGACUCCGAGUGGAGGCCUGCAUCUAAAAGGACAAGGACAGGAAAAGGAGCAAAAUUAGACUCUAUCAUUGCACAAAAGUUCAAAAACGUAUGAUGUGGUAGAUCAGAUUGAAAGGAUAAUUAAACUGGAAAAUAUUUUCAGAUCUCCAAAGUCUGCAUGUGUUACCUACAUAAGUGUGUAGAUACUAUCCUAAAAGUUGGUCUACCUAACUGGAUAGAUUAGACUUGGGUGAGGACAAUAAAGCUUAUCCUAUAGUAUAUCAACUAAUAGAGAGGUAGCAUUUGGAGUCCAUAUAGGCUCUUUAACAUGACCACAAUAGAUCUCACGAUGAAAUUGAUUUCAAUCAAUAAUUAUCAGGUAACAUUUGAUACACAUGGCAUCUUAUGAUCGAAAAACAUACCAGUAUCCAUUAACAAGUUUGAUAAACGUUUAAACAGAAAUUCUUACUUAUAAUUAAUAUUCCAUCCUUCACAAAUAUAGCUUUCUUUUAACUAACUCUCACACUGCUUGCUUCACACAACAUUCCAACUGUUGUUUGGCUGGUUUAUAUAGGAGAUCUGUAUCUUGUCAUUCUAACUGUUGUUUGGCUGGUUUAUAUAGGAGAUCUGUAUCCUGCCAUUCUAACUGUUGUUUAGUUGGCUGGUUUAUAUAGGAGAUCUGUAUCCUUUCAUUCUAACUGUUGUUUGGCUGGUUUAUAUAGGAGAUCUGUAUCCUGUCAUUCUAACUGUUGUUUGGCUGGUUUAUAUAGGAGAUCUGUAUCCUGUCAUUCUAACUGUUGUUUGGCUGGUUUAUAUAGGAGAUCUGUAUCCUGUCAUUCUAACUGUUGUUUAGUUGGCUGGUUUAUAUAGGAGAUCUGUAUCCUGUCAUUCUAACUGUUGUAUAGUUGGCUGGUCUAUAUAGGAGAUCUGUUUAUAAUUUAGUUUUUUUACGGAUACUGUAGAAUCAUACAUUUUUGGAGGCUUAAAUUCUGUGGGUUUUUUUUCUCAAAAAUUUGUGUUUUCAUUGACUCUUAAUCUCAUGGAUGAAUCUCACAAAGUCCACUUGUGCUAAAGUACAUGCUAGUUUUGAUCUGGUUUAUUAUUUAGGUAACAUAUAAAUUGAUGGAGUAAUUGUAACCAUAUAUUCAACAAAACUUCACUCCCACAAUAUGAAUGAUUGUACAGUAGUAGGUAGGUGAUUAGGUUUUGUCUGUGAUAUAGUUAUGUUUGUGAUAAUGCACAGUAUUAUAUACAUCACUAAGCCCUUCACAGUUUUAGUCUCAUUUCAAAGCUGAGGAGCUAAGUAUAUGUGGAGAUUGACUGGACAUUUUUGUAGUCAUAGUUUAAGGUCAAAGGUCACUGUUAACCACUUUAACAUAAAAGCUUGCACUAAUAUCUCAUGAACCCCAAGCAGAUUUUAUAAAUACACCCUAAUGUUGUACCAUAAAUUGAUGAACCUGAUUUUCAUGGUCGUCAAUCAAAGCUAAAAGUCAAAUGUCACCAACCAUUUUUGAAAUUAAGUACCUGUGUACCAGAUAUCUCUCAUAAUCCCUCCAUAGAUUAAGUUAUAACUAAACAAAUCUGGAAUUUUGAGGUAUGAUAAUGAAACCUAUUGUAUGUUCACUUUGUCUUUUGCUGUGCAGUAGAAAUACCUAUUUCAUUGUCCGGUAAUAAGCCCAUGUCAGAUAAUACAGUGUAGCCCCACCCAUAACUGUUACUGUUCAGUAGAAAUACCUAUUUCUUUGUCCCGUAAUAAGCCUAUGUCAGAUAAUACAGUGUAGCCCCACCCAUAACUGUUACUGUUCAGUAGAAAUACCUAUUUCUUUGUCCCGUAAUAAGCCUAUGUCAGAUAAUACAGUGUAGCCCCACCCAUAACUGUUACUGUUCAGUAGAAAUACCAAUUUCAUUGUCCUGUAAUAAGCCCAUGUCAGAUAAUACAGUGUAACCCCACCCAUAGUUGUUACUGUUCAGUAGAAAUACUUAUUUCAUUGUCCUGUAAUAAGCCCACCCCCUGACUUAAAGUCAGAUAUGAUAUCAUGGCCCUCAGGCAUAUUUCUAGAUAAAUAUUAGUAGACGAGCAUUAUCUAAUUGAAUGUAUAUAUUAUUUAUUGGUGUGAUAUUUUAUAUAUAGUAUUAUGAUACAAUGUUCCUGUGACAAUCUAGUCCCAUUCCAAGUUAUGAUGUACAUAUGUGAUGAUUUUGUACUGUAUCCAUUCCAAUAAUUACCCGUUCCCUACUCUUGUCAGUCAAAUAGUUGCUUUCAGCCAAUCAAAAAACCUCUUACAAACCUCUAAUAGCCCCCUGACCCAAUUACAACAUGUACCUAACUAUUACCCGCCCCCUGACCCCAUUACAACAUAUACCUAACUACUACCCGCCCCCUGACCCCAUUACAACAUAUAGCUAACUACUACCCGCCCCCUGACCCCAUUACAACAUGUACCUAACUAUUACCCGCCCCCUGACCCCAUUGCAACAUAUACCUAACUAUUACCCGCCCCCUGACCCCAUUAUAACACAUACCUAAAACUAUUACCUGCCCCCUGACCCCAUUACAACACAUACCUAACUAUUACCCGCCCCCUGACCCCAUUAUAACACAUACCUAAAACUAUUACCUGCCCCCUGACCCCAUUACAACACAUACCUAACUAUUACCUACCCCCUGACCCCAUUACAACAUAUACCUAACUAUUACCUGCCCCCUGACCCCAUUACAACACAUACCUAACUACUACCCGCCCCUGACCCCAUUACAACAUAUACCUAACUAUUACCCGCCCCCUGACCCCAUUACAACACAUACCUAACUAUUACCUACCCCUGACCCCAUUACAACAUAUACCUAACUAUUACCCGCCCCCUGACCCCAUUACAACACAUACCUAACUAUUAUCUGCCCCCUGACCCCAUUACAACACAUACUUAACUAUUACCCGCCCCCUGACCCCAUUACAACACAUACCUAACUACUACCCGCCCCCUGACCCCAUUACAACAUAUACCUAACUACUACCCGCCCCCUGACCCCAUUAUAACACAUACCUAACUAUUACCCGCCCCCUGACCCCAUUACAACACAUACCUAACUAUUACCUACCCCCUGACCCCAUUACAACACAUACCGAACUAUUACCCGCCCCCUGACCCCAUUACAACACAUACCUAACAAUUACCCGCCCCCUGACCCCAUUACAACAUAUACCUAACUAUUACCUGCCCCCUGACCCCAUUAUAACACAUACCUAACUAUUACCCCUACUGUUGGAAAUCACGGUAGUGAUUAUUAGAAUGAAUACAGUAUGUAUAACUGUUCCAGAUUGGUUUGAUACCGACUUGUUUAUGUUAUUGUGUAUAUAUACACUAUCUUGUUAUAAAUAUAUAUUGUUUUUACACACUGUGUGUGUGAUCCAGGGCCCAACAAGCAGUAGCUUUAAUCCUAAUUUUAUAUACUACAGUCAAUAAAAAUAACUGUAAACAUAAAAUCUUAACAUCUCAAAA